UGCGCUCUCUACUAGUUUGUCGUUUUGUCAUUGCACAUUCCAGUAGAUUAUAGAAUUUUCUGUUAAACAAUCAUGGUGCCGUUAUAGUGAAAAGUGUUUGUAAGAGAAGGUAUUAAUAAAUAAUAAAUGUGCUUAAAUUAGUUUUAAAAUAAUAGAAUUUGGAAAAAAAAAUGCAAGAUAACCAGCACGGGCACGCUGAAUCAAGCUUGGACGAGCAACUCUACGCUACCCUGCGUCGAAUUGAUAAAGCGAACUGCGAGUACCUAUACGAACGCUGCAAAGCGCACAACGUGAACGCGCGUCAACUGCGCUACCUGAGUGCCAGCCACAUUGCGGUACUGAUACCGGUCUCCCAGUUGGGCAUUCGCGUGGAAUUCGAGCACUUACUAAAGGAGUGGAUAUCGAAAUGUAGUGUGGUAGAGAAGGUAUUUCGAUGUAGGUGGGCGAGGGAAACAUGGAAAGGAUCUGUGCGAUCCUUGAAUGAGACGAAAACGCAAAACGCCAGCACAAUGACUGUAUACCCAUCUUGGGAAUGUCGUGGGACUAAUGCAGAGCCACCAACUACAGCGGCUAAGAGUCUUGCGACACAGAAUGCCAAGCCAAACAAUAAUGAAGCACGGAAGUCCCACGAGGAUGGAACAUUUGUCGACUGUAUCGAACUUACUCCAACUGAAUCAACAACCCCCGAUUCUCAGCAAUAUGUGAGCAUUCCCUUAAGUACAGAGCCACCAACUAUAGCGCCUAGGAGCCAUGCGACAAAGAAUGCCAAGCAAAAUAGUGAUGAAGCCAAACUUCAUCACGAACUUACCCCAGCUGUGUCAACAACCUACUAUUCUCAUUCUCUAGGCAAGAUUAUACCCGUCUGCUUAGCGGAGUGCCAAAAGAGUUAUAAAGAAAAUGGUAAUUUACUACUGGAAGCGGAUCGUCUGCAACUUACUCGCGCCAUAAUAAAUUAUUUAGUGUCUCGUAAAAUAAGCUUUAAUUGGAGAAUAGCUGAGCAGUUAGCCGAUCAGAUUACGGAGCAUUUCCCCACCGAGAGAAAGCACGUCUGGUAUCAUAACUAUUCAGGUGGUAGUUUACUAACACAAUUUUACUAUGAGGGUCAGCGGACGGCAGCGAAGUCACAUCGCAAGGUAAUGGAAGGCUAUGAAGACAAAUCAUCCAGUUCAACCAACUGUGAAGCUAUCUCACAAUUGUUGAACAUGUGGAAGGUCUACUGGCCAAAAAGAUGUGAACUGAUCAAACGCCUAAAGACCGGCCGCGUCCAACGACUGAACAAGCUGUUCGCCGCAUGGCCAAACUACCGGAAUGCAUACGGCACCGAGCUAUUAGCCUACGACUUUGAGCAAUUGUAUCCGCAUAAAAACGCGUUAUUUAAGAAACGUUGGCAUAUAUUCAGCACAACCAUUGCCGAGCACUUAGAGCGGCGGCUGAAGAUCUGUGAGACUUUGAGUCUUUCUCAUCAUAUCAAGGAGCAUUACACAAACGAUGUCAGUCGAGAAUGCUUCCUCCUCCAUCUGAUGCACUUCAUCACGACACCGUCACACUUAUACAACACACCAGACUUCAAGAAUUUGCGACAGCAACAUGUCAUCGAAUCGCAGCAUGCGACCAUGCGCCUCGUGGACAACGCGCAUACAUCGGGAAGUUACGAGUUGCAUCCAUGUAUUUUCAUGGUGGGACGCAAAAUCUCCGAGAUCACCCAGUGUAUUAUGGCUUGGCGUGAUUGGCGUUUUCAAUUGCCCCUCGGCGAUGCACUGCUCGCUGUGCUGCAAAUUUAUCUCAUCUUCAAGUUGAAAAUUCCGCCGGCUUGCCAGAAUUUCUGGCAAUUUGUGCGUGAUUCCUUUUGCGAUAUUCAAUGGCCAGAUGAUAUCUCGUGCGCAGAAUUAGAUGAUGUAAAGGAAUUUAUAUAUGUAAAAACAGUUUCGAAAAGAAUGAGGCAAAGCAGUGCACUAUGAAAAUGGCAUGAAAUAUAUUAAAAAAAAUUUGUUUCUAAUAUUUGACAUUUUCUGUGAAUCUAUUACUUACAUAUAUGUAUG